CUUACGAGUUAGGAAACCGCGCGCCGUCCACGAUCGAUUUCUUUUCUCACAGCUAGCUGCUCGAUUAGGCGAUCGCGAGAGGCCAUGCCGGUAACCAAGACCUCGUCGACGGUGGUCGUCCACGCCGGCGAGCACCUGCUCAAGGUUACUGGUCACUCCCUGGUCAUCGGCAGCAAUACCUUCCUCACGUCAGAAACCUUCCGGGUCGGCCAUCACGACUGGAAUAUCCACUACUACCCGAACGGCGACCGCACUAUCGUCGACGAUCAGUUCACCUCGGUUUAUCUCUGGCUGGUAAACAUAAACACCGAUGAGAAGGAGGUCACGGCCCAGUGGUGUUUCUCCCUAAAGGAGGACCCCACACUGCCGGCAAUAGGACCCUACACCGACAAGUUCGUGCCUGAGUCUCCCAGUUGGGGUGUCUCCAGGUUUGCGAGUAAAGCUGACUUGGCCGCGUCAGGGUGUCUUAAAGACGACUGCCUAGUGAUCAAGUGCACCGUCAGAGUUAUUGCCUCUAAACUCAACGACGACGAGGACGACGACUGUGAGGACGACGACGAUGGCAUCGUCGCUCCACCCUCGGACCUAGGCAGAGAUCUUGGCUAUCUUCUAGAGAAUGGCCUUAAGACGGACCUGACGGUCAGGAUUGGCUGGUUCAGGAGUUUUGAGGUGCACGCGUGCAUGCUCGCUGCGCGGUCACCGGUCUUUCGGGCACAGUUGUGUGGCGCGAUGAUGGAGAGCAGAGAAAGCACUAUCCGCAUCAAGGACAUGGACGCCAAAGUUUUUGAGGUCCUGCUUCAUUACAUAUACAAUGAUUGCCUCCCUGAGUUUAUGGAGGAGACCACAGAAGUGGCUAUAAACAUGACGCAACAUUUGUUAGUUGCGGCUGAUCGGUACGCCAUUGGCAGGCUGAAGCUUAUAUGUGAGGGCAAGGUGAGCAAGGCGCUAGAUGUCAAUACCGUGGGUUUCACUUUGGAUCUCGCGGAGCAAUAUCACUGCCAACUGCUCAAGGAUUACUGUCUCAAGUACAUGGUAAAAGACAGUGAAAGGUUACGAGCCAUUGUAAAGACCAGCGGGUUCGAGCAACUGAAGCAAAACCACCCACUUAUUGCAUGUGAAAUUCUCCAUAAAGUAAUUGACAAGCUGUAAUUGCAUUGCCGCCGAGAAAAGGGAUGCAACUUUGCUACGUAAAGUCUAUUUUCUGUAAACUGAUUAUUUCGUAAUGCAUGGUGUACUGUGUA